UUACAGGUUAGCCAGUUACAGUGGAGGGGGCCUUUGUUUCAAAGAAAUUGCUGAAAAAUACCCCAAAUCUGCUCCUUUUUAAAGACCGCACGUGGUACCAGGACUGCAACAAGAAACGCCAAGGACUGAGGUGCUAACUUGUGGCCAGAGUCAGUAUUGACCAUUGCUUUGUCUCCAGCUCUGAGCGCAAGUCCGGAGUUUUAACGUGCUCGACCUGUACCCAGCCUGCAGCGCUAGAGACUAUAACUCCCAGCAUGCACUGCUCGCUUACUACCCGCUUGCAGACGCCACUUGCCUCUGGGUAGAGCGCGGAACGCCGGUUAAGUCUGUCGCUGCCCAUCCUGGGAAUUGUAGUUUACUCGGGGCUGCACUACGGAGCUUGGUUGGGAGAAGCCGAGCCGCGCUGCACGCUGGGAUCCGUAGUACACAUGGGGCCCCGAGGCAUGCUGGGAUAUGUCGGAGCUAGUUUACGCAGUGGGGUGUGAGGCUGGGCUUGAAAGCGCUCUAGUGCGUUGGUGGCUGUGUGCGCUCGCGCGAUCCAGGUGCCCGUUGAGGAGCGGUCGGUUGGCCGGGAUGUACCACAGCAGCACGCAGAGGCGGCACUGGACCUUCCGCAGCGAGGAGGAGCUGGUCCGCUGCCGGGCCGACGCCAACCGCAAGUUCCGCUGCAAAGCGGUGGCCAACGGAAAGGUUCGGCAGAACGACUCGCUGCUGCUGGAGACCCGGGAGGAGCUGACAAUCUGCAAAUACUAUGAGAAGAAACUGCUGGAUUUCUGCUCCGUGUUCAAACCUGCCAUGCCCAGAUCCGUGGUGGGAACGGCUACUAUGUAUUUCAAACGUUUUUACCUGAAUAACUCAGUGAUGGAGUAUCACCCUCGAAUAAUAAUGUUAACGUGUGCAUUCUUGGCAUGUAAAGUAGAUGAAUUUAAUGUGUCCAGUGCACAGUUUGUUGGUAAUCUUCGAGAAAACCCUCCAGGACAGGAGAAGGCUCUUGAACAGAUCUUGGAAUAUGAAUUGCUGCUUAUUCAGCAGCUGAACUUUCACCUUAUAGUGCAUAAUCCUUUUAGACCAUUUGAGGGAUUUUUAAUUGAUUUGAAGACUCGUUAUCCAUUGUUGGAAAAUCCUGAGGUGUUGAGGAAGGCAGCUGAUGACUUUCUCAAUCGAGUAGCUCUGACAGAUGCCUACCUUCUGUUUACACCUUCACAAAUAGCCCUCACUGCUAUUGUAUCUAGUGCUUCUAGGGCAGGAAUUAAUAUGGAAAGUUAUUUAUCAGAAUGUCUUACACUGAAAGAAAACAGAACAUCUCUGUCCCAGUUACUAGAUGGAAUGAAAUGCAUGAAAAAUCUCAUAAAGAAAUAUGAACCACCACGGCCUGAGGAAGUUACUGUACUAAAGCAGAAGUUAGAGAAAUGUCACAGCUCUGAACUUGCUCUUAAUACACACUUAAAGAAGAGGAAGGGCUAUGAAGAUGAUGAAUAUAUUACAAAGAAAUCUAAGAUGGAAGAGGAAGAAUGGACUGAUGAUGACCUUGUAGAUUCAUUAUAAUUUUAAAGGAAGAUGGAGCAGUUCCUGAAGCUCUGGCAUGUGCUGUUGUCUACUGCAUCAUGUAGGAUUCUUAUUUGUAAAACCUUUCUUCAGCUAAUAACUUAUGCAGGUUCCACUUUACAGUGGGAUAUGUAUUUACUAUUUCAUAAUAAAUCAAUUUAUUUUAUUUAAA